AUGUGCCUCAUCAAAGUCCGAGAAGACCGAGAGGAAGACGUCGUAGUCCCCGCGCGCAUACGCCACCGCUCGCCCUCCCCAUCAUCGCGCCGACGCUCAACCCGAGUUUCGCGAACAGUGAUACAAGAGCAUCGCCCGUCACGCGUCUCUGUGAUCGCUGUGCCAGCUCAGCCUCCUCCACUCCUCGUACCGGCGCCCGCACCCGCGCCCGUCUUCGUCAAACCACCUACUCCGCCACCUGUAUUCGUAGUCCCUCCUCCACCGCCCGCUCCUGCGCUGCAGCCGCAGCCGCAGCCGCAGUACGUACAUGUUAGUCCGGCCAGCAGUGUGACGAGCCACUCUGAUCGUGGAUCGUACUAUCGCGAGCGGGAGUAUCGAAGAGAGCGGAGGGCAUACUCGCCCGCGCCGUCGAGUAGCCACGGAGACAGGUACGAAUAUCGGUAUAUCAAUGCGCCACAGCCGCCGCCCGAGCCGCGUUAUGUGAGGCGCGAACGAAGCAGGAGCAGAGACAGAAGAAGCUAUCACGACGCGGAGCCCGAGUAUAGGACCACCAGGGAGAGAGUCAUCAUCCACAACAGUAACGAUCCGCGGAGGAGAAGUCAUGACUAUCGAUGA